CGGAGGCACGGGAGCCGCGGGUCACGUGGCCGCAGCCGGAGAUGGGCGGGGCGUGGGACGUGCUGCCGUGUCCUCGCUGGCUUACAGGGCGGCGGCGGGGCGUGUGUCGUCUGUUAAAGAGUGCUGCUCGCCCAGGGUUGAUCUGUGCAUGCUACUCCUGGGUCAGACGGUGAGGUCGGCGUCUGCGAGGACGCGGCGGUGGAGGAGAAGGGCAACCGGAGACAGGCCGGGCGCCCCUUGGGAGGCUAAACGGCUCCGGCUUCGCGGGGAUCAUGGCAUCGCUGGUGGACCGAAUGCGGGGCCACGGGCGAAUCGCCGCCGGGCUCCUGUUCAACCUACUGGUGUCCAUCUGCAUUGUGUUCCUCAACAAAUGGAUUUAUGUGCACCACGGCUUCCCCAACAUGAGCCUGACCCUGGUGCACUUCGUAGUCACCUGGCUGGGCUUGUAUAUCUGCCAGAAGCUGGACAUCUUUGCCCCCAAAAGUCUGCCGCCCUCCAGGAUCUUCCUCCUGGCCCUCAGCUUCUGUGGCUUUGUGGUCUUCACUAACCUUUCUCUGCAGAACAACACCAUAGGCACCUAUCAGCUGGCCAAGGCCAUGACCACGCCGGUGAUCAUAGCCAUCCAGACCUUCUGCUACCAGAAAACAUUCUCCACCAGAAUCCAGCUCACGUUGAUUCCUAUAACUUUAGGUGUAAUCCUAAAUUCUUAUUACGAUGUGAAGUUUAAUUUCCUUGGAAUGGUGUUUGCUGCUCUUGGUGUUUUAGUUACAUCCCUUUAUCAAGUGUGGGUAGGAGCCAAACAGCAUGAAUUACAAGUGAACUCAAUGCAGCUGCUGUACUACCAGGCUCCGAUGUCAUCUGCCAUGUUGCUGGUCGCUGUGCCCUUCUUUGAGCCGGUGUUUGGAGAAGGAGGAAUAUUUGGUCCCUGGUCAUUUUCUGCUUUGCUUAUGGUGCUGCUAUCUGGAGUAAUAGCUUUCAUGGUGAACUUAUCAAUUUAUUGGAUCAUUGGGAACACUUCACCUGUCACUCAAGUAAUGAAGUCAUUGGCCAGGCACCAUGGCUCACGCCUGUAAUUCCAACACUGGGAGGCCGAGGCAGGAGGAUCACUUGAGCCCAGGAGUGCAAGACCAGCCUGGGCAACAUAGGGAGACCCUAGUCUCUACCAAAAAAAAAAAAAGAAAUGAAGUUAUAUGUUAAAGGUCAAAUUCAACUGUCCAUUUAUACCAUUCUGCUUGUCAUUCUAUUUCUCUUCACAUUUCACUCUGCCGCCACCCUUAGGCAAAUGCAGAGAAUGAAUUUCCCCAGGAAGUAAAUAAGUAGGAUAUUUGCCAACCAGCAAUAAAAAACAACGAUGAUAAGUUUUUUAGAAAACCAAUACUUAACAAAUAUUUAUUUUGUGUCAGAUACUGUUAGAAAUAUUUUGUAUGUAUUAGUCCAUUUAAUUCUCAGCAGCUCUGUGAGGUAGAGUCUGUCAUUUUAGUUUAUAGAAGAAAUAGAGGCACAGAGAGGUUAACCAGCUCACUUAAGGCCACAUAGCUGACAAAUGGGAUGUCCAGAUUUGAACCCAUGCAGUCUAGUCCCAAAAUUUGUACAUCAUGCUACCCAAUCAAGACAUCCAAAUGUGUGCUCUGAUUUAAAACAUUAGUUUAUUCAGUAAGUAUUGAAUACCCACUAAACCAUUCAUUGAUAUAAAAAUAUUUAUAUACUGAACAUCUACUAUGUGCCAGGCACCGGGGAUACAGUAAUGAACCACAUAGACAGAAGUCUUUGCUCUCACAGGCUUGAAUUCUGGUGAGGAAGAUUAGAAAUAGAAAACAAUUAAAUAUUUAUAUACAGUGUUGGAUAGUGUUAACUGCCAAGGAGUAAAAAUAGAGCAGGGAAGAGAAUGUGAAAUGUCAUAGACAGCAUUGAAGUUCUAGGCAGGGCUAGUCACGAAGGCCUCAGUGGGAAGAUGACAUUUGAGUAAAGACCUGAAGGAAAUGCGGUUGCUCCAUGCAGAUCAGGAGGGAAGAACAUUCCAGGCAGAGGCAACAGCAGGUGCGAGGCCCUAAAAAAACCAGGGAAGCCUGUGUGGUUGGAGCAGGUUGAGCAAAGGAGGGAAUGUGGUAGGCUGAGAAGUAAUACAGAACUGAACUGAGUAGGGCAUUUACGUAAGGACUAUUACACUGAGUAAGAUGGGAAGCCAUUGGCAUUUUGAGCAGAGAAGUGACAUGAUUUUACAUACAUUCUAAUAGAAGCACUCAGUGGGCUGGGCGCAGUGGCUCACGCCUGUCAUUCCAACACUUUGGAAGGCCAAGACAGGAGGAUCCCUUGAGCCCAGGAGUUCGAGACCAGUCUGGGCAACAUAGUAAGACCCUGUCGCUACAAAAAGUUUUUAAAAAUAAAUCACAGAAUCACUCAGGGCUCCUGUGUUGAGAAUAGACUAAAGAAGAAUUUCUCAACCUCUGGGCUGUUGACUUUUUGAGCUGGACGGUUCUUAGUGCAGGCCUGUUUAGUACACUGUAGGAUGUUUUCAGCAGGCCUGGGCUCUACCACCAGAUGCCAGUAGCAUACAUACCCUUUGCCCAAUUGUGACAACCAAAAAUGCCUCCAAAGAUUGCCCACAAAGCAGAAUCACCCGUGGUUGAGAACUACUGGACUGUAAGAGGCACAGGAAACUGUCAGGAGACUGCUGCAAUAUUCUAAUUUAGAAGUAAUAGUGGCUACCAGUAUGGUAGCAGUGGAUAUAGUGAGAAGUGAUUGGAUUCUGGAUAUAUUUCUAAGAAGAGCCAACAGGUUUUGCUGCCUAGUUGGAUGCGGAGAAAGAGAAAACAAGGCUGAUUUACAUGGUUUUUGACCUGAGCACCUGGUAGAGUAGAGUUGCCAUCAACUGAGGUAGGAUAGCCAGAAGGAGGUUUGGGACUGGGGAGGAAGAUCAGGUGCUCAGUUUGGGGAGUAUUUUUUUCUUGUUUUUGAGACAGGGUCUUGCUCUGUCACCCAAGCUGGAGUGAAGUGGCACGAUCAUGGUUCACUGCAAACUCAAACUGUUGGGUUCGAGCAUUCUUCCCACCUCAGCCUUCCAAAGUGCUAGGAUUACAGGUGUGAGCCCAGCCAGGUGCUCAGUUUUGGAUAAACAAGUCAGAGUUCAAAGGUGACAUCUCAGCAGGAGGCAUCACAGGGAGUCAGAAGUAUGAAGCUGUGGUUUAAAGUGGUGAGACUGGUUGAGAUUACCAAGCAAACAAGUAGAAGAAAAUAAGUUCAAAGACUGAGUGUUGGGUUUGAGUCCAGUAUUUGGAAUUCAGAGAGAUGAGAGGAACUAGCUGGAGGAUGAGAAGGAGCAGUUAGAGGUGGAAGGAAGGAGGAGAGUGGCACAGAACCAGAGUGAGGAGGAGGAGGAGCGGUUGGUAUCUGUGUCAGAUGCCGCUGGCAGACCAAGUUCAAGGAGACUGGUCACCAAUGAGGGGCUGAGUGAGGUGGAGGGCACUGGGUUUGACCAGAACAUUCUGAAGGUUGGGGUGACAGCCUGCCUGGAGUAAAGUGCAGAACUGGAAAUACCACAUGUAGACUGCUCUUUUUUUUGUUGUUUUUACAAAAGGAUUCAUGAAUAGUUUCUUUAAAUUUGACUUCUAGUAUAAAUAUACUUAAAAGAGAAGCCUAGGAGUAAAGAAAUUUAAAAUGUUAGAGCCAGUGCACAUGAAGAUAGCUCAUAAUUGAAAAUAAAACAUAUUUUAUUAUGAUUAUUGCCAGUAACCUUGGGAAGAUCCUCUGUGUCUCAGGAAGUCACCUCCAUGGGAUCAAGCCACCACAUGCACCUGGGGACACGGCCCGUGCUCUCCCGAGGCACUGCUGCUGCCCAGCAGGAACCUCCAGGCUGCUUAGGUGGGCUUGGGGGUCAGACAGGUCCAGGUGUGAACACCAAGCUCUGCCACUACCUGUGGGCCUGACUAGUGUGGGAACUCUCAGGGUCUCACUCUGAUCACUUAUGAAAUGUAUAAAGUGGAGGAAGUGCGAUCUAUGAUGUUGGGUGGUUGUAUUUGAGAGAAUGUGUCAAGCUCCAAGCAGGUGUUUAUGACACAUAGGUACUGCUAUUGGUAACUAUUAUUAUAGCUAGCACAUAUGGUGCUUACUAUAUGCUAGAAGCUUUGUGUAUAUUAUUUAAUCCUUACAAUAACCCUGGGAGGUAUUAUUUUGUUCCCCUUUUAUUUAGUGAGGAAACUGAGGCACAGAGUGGUAGCUAUUUCUAGUGUUGUAAUUAGGAAAAGCACAUAUCAUACAUCUCAAGAACAAGAAAGUACUUGUUUAUAUAGAAAAAAUAAUUAUAUUUAAAUAUAAGUAAUUGUGUGUGUGUGUGUGUGUGUGUGUGUGUGUGUGUGACGGAGUUUCACUCCGUUGCCCAG